UUGUUAUUUCCAUUGUAGCCAGGAGACUCUUAUGUCAACUGCUCAAGUUACCUUUGAUAAAAGAGCCGUUGUGAUUGAUGGGAAAAGAACUAUUCUCUACUGUGGAAGUUAUCACUAUCCCAAGAUUCAUUAUGAACAUUGGCCCCAGGCUCUGGAGCUAGCAAAGGACUGCGGUCUAAAUUGUUUAGAAGUUUAUAUUUUUUGGAACGUCCAUGAAAAGAAAAAGGGAGUGUAUCACUUUGAAAGGGAAGGAAACAUUUUUCGAUUUCUCCAGUUGGCUCAGGAAAGAGGACUCAAAGUUAUCUUACGUAUGGGCCCAUAUAUUUGUGCGGAAACUAGUUAUGGAGGAUUCCCGUACUGGCUUAGAGAGAUUCCAGGUAUUGAAUUCCGAACCUAUAACGAACCCUUCAUGAAAGAGAUGAAACGCUGGCUGACUGAUAUCAAUCGAAUGCUUAAAGAAAAUAAACUCUAUCAUCAAAAGGGAGGACCCAUUAUAUUGGUUCAAAUUGAAAACGAAUAUGAUAUCGUUAGCUCGAUAUAUGGUGCAGCAGGUCAAAAGUAUUUACACUGGUGCUAUGAGCUAUAUAAGGAAGGUGCUUCAGAAUGGCUGACAAGUAAAGACAGUGAAUACUUUCGUGUUGCGAGCAUUGAUAAAUCUAUUGAAACAAUCAAUGACUUUUACGGACAUAGAAGAAUUGAUUCGUUGAAAGCUCUCAAGCCUCAUCAACCUCUUCUAUGGACAGAAUUUUGGAUUGGCUGGUAUAAUAUUUGGCGAGGUGCACAACGACAAAGGCCAGUAGAUGAUGUUAUUUAUGCAGCUGCUAGAUUUAUAGCUCAAGGAGGAUCUGGCAUGAACUAUUAUAUGUUUCACGGAGGUACCCAUUUUGGGAAUUUGGCAAUGUACGGACAAACCACAGGAUAUGAUUUCGAUGCUCCGGUGGAUUCUUACGGUCGACCUACUGAGAAGUUCGAACGAUUGAAGCAACUAAACCACUGUCUUUCCAAUUUGGAAUAUAUUCUUCUAUCGCAAGAUGAACCAGAGGUCCAAAAAUUGACUCCAAAUGUGAAUGUGUAUCGUUGGAAAGAUAUAGAGUCGGGAGAUGAAUGUAGUUUCGUAUGCAAUGAUCAACGUUCGCAGUCAUAUGUGAUAGUCGCAGAGAGGGCAGUUUGUCUCAAGCCGUUAUCGGUGAAAAUUUAUCUUAAUCAUGAAGAAGUAUUUGAUUCUUCUCAAAAUAGUUACAACGUUUCUCAGAAAAGUUACCAUCGACUAGACUAUGUAUGCAACGAAUGGAAGACUAUGCAAAUUCCAAUUCCCAGCAAGGAAAAGAAAGACAAAGAACACUUCGAAUUUUCAUUUCCGCAUAUUCCUGAUAUGUUACAUAUAACUCAGGAUGAAACUGAUUAUAUGUGGUAUACAGGCGUUGGUACCAUUUAUUGCCCGUUUAAAGGAGAAAAUACGCCCCAUUGUCUGAAAAUCCAUAUGGAAUUGGAAGCUGCUGACUAUGUUCACGUCUUUUUAAACCGUAAAUAUGUAGGAUCUUGUAGGAGUCCAUGCUAUGAUGAGAGAUUUACAGGAAGAAGGUCUGGAUUUUCCAAAUCCUUCGAUUUAGAAGAUUUCGCCCCCAUGCAAAUUGCAGCGGACAAGGAUGGAACUUACAAAUUCGAGCUUGCUAUUUUGGUUUGCUCUCUUGGUCUUAUUAAGGGAGAGUUUCAGCUAUGGGAAAAUGGCAGAAUGGAACAGGAAAGAAAAGGAAUUUUUUCUCAUCCCAUAAUGUGUUUCCAGUUGUUAAGUCCCAGUGGCAAACUCGAAACUGUUCAUGCUGCAUUCGACUCCAAGUGGAGUAGUAUACCUUUGUACAUCAGCAAAGAGAAUAGUCCAAGUAUUUCAUUUCCAAUUACAAGUCAGCCACGGGUGGGACCCCAACUUUGGCAAGCGAAGGUUCAUCUCAAAGCAAACGAACUUCAACAGGUAAAUAUUAUUUUGUGUUGACAUUGCUACAGAAACUCAAAAAUU